GGCCCGGCGCGCGUGCGCGCUGGCACCGCCGAGCGCCGACUGGGUCCGAGCGGUGGAGUCGCGAGCCUGAGCAGGUUGGCGCUGAGGUGGCGCGGAGGCGAGGCGGCGGAGCAGCUGGACAUCCGCUGUGGGGCAGGGCUGCUGUUUCUUUAUCAGAUGAAGCCUGAGGAGCCUUCCAGCUGUGAGAUAUUAGGAGAGGAAAACUUCUGAGUCUGGAUCUGCAGAAGACUCGCCUCGCCUCUCUGCACAAUGUCAGGAAGCCAUGUGCCUUCUGCCAGUGGCCCCUUCUCAGCCCUAACUCCAAGCAUGUGGCCUCAGGAGAUCCUGGCCAAGUACACGCAGAAGGAAGAGUCAGAGGAGCAACCAGAGUUCUAUUAUGAUGAGUUCGGCUUCCGUGUGGACAAGGAAGAUGGUGCUGACCCCAGUUCCAGCAAGCUGCCAGGUGUGUCUCUGAUGGAGGACCCUCCACAGAGGCUGCGGUGGCAGGCCCACCUGGAGUUCACCCAUAAUCAUGACGUGGGGGAUCUCACCUGGGACAAGAUUGCUGUCUCCCUACCCCGCUCUGAGAAGCUUCGCUCCCUGGUGCUGGCUGGCAUCCCACACAGCAUGAGGCCCCAGUUGUGGAUGCGGCUCUCCGGGGCCCUGCAGAAGAAGAGGGGUUCCGAGCUGUCCUACCGAGAGAUUGUGAAAAACAGCUCCAACGACGAGACCAUUGCUGCCAAACAGAUUGAGAAGGACCUGCUCCGCACCAUGCCCAGCAACGCCUGCUUCGCCAACGUGAGCAGCAUCGGGGUGCCCCGCCUGCGCAGGGUCCUCCGAGCACUGGCCUGGCUCUACCCAGAGAUUGGCUACUGCCAGGGCACGGGCAUGGUGGCCGCCUGCCUCCUGCUGUUCCUGGAGGAGGAGGAUGCCUUCUGGAUGAUGUGCGCCAUCAUCGAGGACCUGCUCCCUGCCUCCUACUUCAGCACCACCCUGCUGGGUGUCCAGACAGACCAGCGGGUCCUGCGCCACCUCAUCGUCCAGUACCUGCCUCGCUUGGACAAGCUGCUCCAGGAGCAUGACAUCGAGCUGUCCCUGAUCACGUUGCACUGGUUCCUCACGGCCUUCGCCAGCGUCGUGCACAUCAGGCUGCUGCUGCGCCUCUGGGACCUGUUCUUCUACGAGGGCUCCCUGGUGCUGUUCCAGACCACUCUGGGCAUGCUGCGCCUCAAGGAGGAGGAGCUGAUCCAGUCCGAGAACUCGGCCUCCAUCUUCAACACGCUCUCAGACAUACCAUCACAGAUCCAGGACGCAGAGCUGCUGCUGGGGGAAGCCAUGCGGCUGGCUGGCUGCCUCACCGAUGUGGCCGUGGAGACCCAGCGCCGCAAGCAUCUGGCCUACCUCAUUGCAGACCAGGGCCCACUCCUGGGAACCAGCGCCACCACCAGCCUCUCUCAGGUUGUUCGGCGCAGGACCCAGCGGAGGAAGUCUGGCAUCACCUCACUGCUCUUUGGGGAGGACGACCUGGAGGCGCUCAAGGCUAAGAACAUCAAGCAGACGGAACUGGUGGCUGAUCUCCGGGAAGCCAUCCUGCGCGUGGCACGCCAUUUCCAGUGCACAGACCCCAAAAACUGUAGUGUGGAGCUGACCCCCGACUACAGCAUGGAGAGCCAUCAGCGAGACCACGAGAACUACGUGGCAUGCUCACGCAGCCAUCGGCGCCGGGCCAAGGCCCUGCUGGACUUUGAGCGACACGAUGACGAUGAGCUGGGCUUCCGCAAGAAUGACAUCAUCACGAUCAUUUCCCAGAAGGAUGAGCACUGCUGGGUCGGGGAGCUGAAUGGCCUGAGAGGCUGGUUUCCAGCCAAGUUUGUGGAAGUCCUGGAUGAACGGAGCAAAGAGUACUCCGUCGCCGGGGACGACGCUGUGACAGAGGCGGUCACUGACCUUGUUCGAGGGACCCUCUGCCCAGCCCUCAAGGCCCUGUUUGAACAUGGACUGAAGAAGCCGUCCCUCCUUGGGGGUGCCUGCCACCCCUGGUUGUUUAUCGAGGAGGCGGCCGGCCGGGAGGUGGAAAGAGACUUCGACUCCGUGUAUUCACGCCUAGUGCUGUGUAAGACAUACAGGUUGGAUGAAGACGGCAAAGUCUUGACCCCGGAGGAGCUGCUCUACCGGGCUGUGCAGUCCGUCAAUGUGACCCAUGAUGCUGCACACGCGCAAAUGGAUGUCAAGCUCCGCUCCCUUAUCUGUGUGGGGCUCAAGUCUUGCACCUGUGGCUGGAGGUGCUCUGCUCCAGCCUGCCGACGGUGGAGAAGUGGUACCAGCCCUGGUCCUUCCUGCGCAGCCCCGGCUGGGUCCAGAUCAAAUGUGAGCUCCGGAGGAGAAGCAGCCCCUGAAGGAGGGUGUCCAGGACAUGCUGGUGAAGCAUCACCUUUUCAGCUGGGACAUAGACGGUUGACGGUCUUCCUCCGGCGGUCCUGUCAUGCCGAGGCCUCCCCCAACCCGUCGGCUACAGAGCGGCCCCUUCCUCAGGCAACAGGAGAACAGCAUGGCCCUGGCCAGUCUCUGGAUGAGGUGGCCAAGGUCCGGCCCAGGCUCUGGGGUCAAGUGAAGGAGACACUGCAGCUCUGGCCGGGCGCCAUGGGGGGAGACCGGGGACAUGGCCCUGGGUGCCCCAGAGCGUCGCUGGAGGGCAGGGCCCAGCUCAGCCUGCUCUCCUGGCCCCAGGGGGAGGGCAGCCAGGGUCUUCACGGAGGCCGUGGACCCCAACUCCACUGUUGGUACUGACCAGAAAUCUCCCGGGGUGGGAGCCACCUCUUUUCUGUCAGUUUUUGCUCAGGAAAGGAAUGGGGGUGGCUAAAGGAUCCUUGGCCUUUUUGCUUUGUAAAUAAAUAGUGUCUUUGAGAAA